CUAAAACUCAACAUUCACACAUAGAUAGUCUAUACGAUUGUUUGUGUUAUUAUUUAGAAAAGAAGCUGCUGAAUUUUACUGGCUUUUCCUGAACUACCUUUUCUCAAAGAGAAAUGUAUCGAUAUUUCACCCAACCAAAAGCUGACCCUUCCCAGGAGACUAUGGAAGAGGAGAGUAUUCCUCCAACUGUACGAUACUGCAUGACGCUGCUUGAGAAGGUGACCGUGCCGAGACACCGCUCUCACCAGAGUCACGUGGUGUGUGUCGACCGGUCAGCCUUGGUGGCUCUCCUGCACCACAUGCUGGAGAAGGAGAAGGAGCAUGUGGACGAGAUCGAGAGGCUGAAGGUCGUGGUGGACGAGCUGAGGAUGGACAGUCACCUCAUGAGGGCUCAGCUGCAGAGGCGGCCUGCACCAGUCCAUGAGGUCACUGCACACCUGCCCUCACCACCUGCCGAAGAGAGCAGGAACGUUGGUCUACCGAGCCAAGACGCUCCGGCUGUCCUCCCAGCUCCAAGCCAGAGCAGAGCUACGGAGGGGCAAGUGGAGUCUGAUGAAAACGUAUCGGCAGCCCGACUCAGGCGCCGCGUGAAGAAAGCUGUGGCGUCCUCCCCUGCCACCUCUGGGCCAAGGGCAGGGGAAGAUGGAGCAACGUCCUCCAACGUCAUCCCUCCCCAAGCCUCCUCGUCGACUGUGUUGCGCGAGGAAAAACUUUGCCAGACCACUCCAUGCAGUACAACGUCCAUCCAACUCACUGGCACUGAUGCAGAGUCCUGCCAACAGGACCUGCGUGUUGUGGCACAGAAGAAGGCCUCCUCGUCAUCCUCCUCCUUCUCAUCCUCCUCAUCCUCAUGCUCCUCCAACAGCAGUUCGGAUCGGGCCAGAGUUGCCCGUAGACCACUCCCUGUGCUCAUCCGUGGCACUGGCAGGUCUGUUCCCCCUAACAGUCUGCAGGGUCAGUGCUCCGGGACUGACGAUGAAAUCUGCAACCCCCUGAGAAAACAACCUUCUCAACCGGGCAUUUUGGCUGGACUGAAAGCUCCACUAGACAUGGACACACCAGUUCAAAAAAGGGACGAGCCUGAGGACAGGCUGUUCACUCCGCUGGACGAGGAAGACGUCACGAGAGAGAUGAGCAUUCAGGAAGAAAUCCUGGAGCGGGCCGUGACAGAGAGAGAGGCACGACGGAAUGGAGAGGAAGAGAAGGCUGAGGAGGUGAGGCAGCUGAAGAGGAAGGAGCAGGAGAAGCUCUUCAGACAUCUUCAGAACAGAAAACAGCAAAACCUCAACCUUCUGGAGGAGAGGAGGAACGAUGAGGAGGAGAAGAAGAAGACGGUGAAGAAGGGGAAGAAAAAGCUCCCUGAGGAGACGUCGAAAGAAAAGGCCAAAAAUAAACUUGGGGGAAAAGUCAGGGAAGAGAAGAUUAAGAAGGAGAGAUGUGAGGAAAGCCAAAUGAACUUGACACAGGAACAUGAGGAAUGGUUCGGAACCCAGAACCCAGGAAGAGUUUGGAACCCAGAACCCAGGAAGAGUAAGAAGGAGCCAGGAAAGGCCGAGAGACAAGAACAUUCCCAGCCUGAGCAGCACAGACCACGCACCAAGGGUCAACGCACGGAGAAGGGAAAAGUGGAGGACACAAACAUGUCUCAGGCUGAGAAGAAGAGGAAGACACAUCAAGCAGUGGAGCAGCAGGAGAAACACAUCAGGGAGAGUGCCAGGGGUAGACGCGUUGGUAUCUGUGGAGAGACGUUGAUGAAGGCUUUUAAUGCUGUUGUGACGUGUUUUUGCCUACCAUUUUGCCUAUGUGUUCGCCUGUCAGAAUGUUGCUGUUGUUGCACUUGUGUGCUGAAUGGGUAGGAAUGUUAUAUGCAAGGGCCAAACAUUCGUAGUGCAUGUCUGCAUUAGACACCCAGGAGAAACCAGGAAGCCAGAGAAAAAGUGGAAAAGGAGAUGACUGGUCUAGGGGACAAGAGGGCUCAAACAGAGGCUUUUCCUUGCCACGGUCGCCAUCAGCUUACUUUUAGGGGAUUCA